AUGGAGGCGGUCUCGUCGGCGCGAUCGCGGCCGACGGCGCUAUCAGUGUCGGUGUCGUCGGCUCCUACCGAGGCUCCGGGAGUUGCGCACACGCGACGGCCGUCAGCCAGCGGGAAUGUUCCCAGCGGCUCACCUGUCAGCACCCCUCCCACCCGAUCCCGAUCUCGCUCCCUCGCGGCCCUGGCGGCGGUCAUGGGCGGUGGAAAGGCAGUCGGCGCCAAUUUCUGCGGAGGAGCUCGGUGGCACGCGAUGUGGUCGGCGGCGCUGGUGCUUCUAACGAUAGUGGGCAUUAUGACGUGGGAGUCGUUUCACGCCAACCAUCGGACCAAGGGGUGGAGAAGAAACCAACUCGUGAUUCUAGAAAACGCAUCCAUCUCCUCAUCUUCUUAUAGUCACAGUUCGUCCGCAUACAAUCACGGGAAUUCCCUUCGUAGCCAACAAGGGGGGUCGAAUAGCGAGGCUGGAGUGGAGCAGUCGGCUCGGUCUCCUCUAAGAGCAGACUCGGUAUUGGUUCUAGCUAGCGGUUUGAGAGAAGGGUUAGCGAGUCCGCCUGGGGAAAAAAUCGGCGGAAGCGAAGCUGGUGAUUUCAGCGGCGGUGACAAUAACGGAAGCGAUGCAAGCGGUGGGGACGGUGGUACGGGUGAUACUGAAGCCAGUGAUAGUCUCGAAAGUGGGGUGGAUAAGGGGGGAGAGGAGAUGAGUGGAGGUGGCAAAGGAGGGGGUAAUGAAAUGAAGGAGGUCGUUUUAGAGGGCUCGAAUGAAGCCUUUUCCACUGCCGGCAGCAGCACUAGCGUUAGAAGCAGCAGCAGCGAUCCCUCUUCUUCCUCCGUCCCAUCUGAUUCUACUCACAGUUCCUCCUCCUCCUCCCCCUCCUCCCCUUCCUCCGCCUCCUCCCCCGUCGCCACCUCCGCCCCCUACACCUCCUCCGCCGUCCCCGCCGUCCCCGCUGCCCCGCUCUGCGACCUGUAUCAGGGGCGGUGGGUGCGUGCGCGGCAGCGCGCGCUGUACUCGGGGAAGAAGUGCAAGUGGAUUUCGCUCAACUGGGCGUGCGCGCGCAGCAACCGCCCGCGCGAGAUGCGCCAGUACGAGCGCCUGCGCUGGCAGCCGCGCGGGUGUAAUGCGAAGCGGUUCAGCGCGGAUGGCUUUUUCCGCAGGAUGCGGAACAAGAGCCUUGCCUUUGUGGGGGACUCGUUAGGCCAGCAGCAGUUCCAGUCGCUGCUCUGCCUUCUCUCCCCAAAAGGCCCGCCCAAAAACAUGUCCGACCCUUCAUCCCCCAUCCAAGACGUGGGCCCUGAUUACGGUUUCUUUCAGCUGCCCAGGGCCCGCCGCCCGACCGGUUGGGCAUACAGAUUUGUGAAAUAUAACACUACAGUGAUUUUCCGCUGGACGACGUGUUUAUGCGAAAUCGAGCCGUUCAAUAAGGAGGAUUGGAAGAAGGGCCAGGCGAUGCACUUAGACCGGCCUGACACUUUUCUAAGAGACUUCCUUAAGGAGCUGGACGUCGUCGUUCUGAACACAGGGCAUCACUGGAACCGGGGCAAGAUGAAAGAGAGCGCGCUGGAGUUCUUCCUGAAUGGUAGCAAGGCGCCGCCGGUGAGAAAACGGCCGAUGGUCAUGGCACUGGCGCUGAAAACGGCGAUCCGGUCGGUGUCUGUGUGGAUUGAUGAGCAGCUGAAGGGGAGCGGGGAAGAGGGAGGUUUGCUGGUGAAGCCAGGAGAAGGAGAAGGGGAGGGAGGAGAGGAGGGAGAGGGAGAGGGAGGAGGGGAAGGAUUGAGGCGGAGUUUGGGCACUGCUGUGGAGCUUCCAGCUUUUGCGGCGGGUGGGGGUGCGAAGUUGAGGACGGCGAUUUUUGCAACGCCAGACACGAAGCCAAUGGUGUUCCUGCGAUCGAUAACGCCGAGGCAUUUUAUGGAGGGGGAGUGGGACUCGGGAGGGCGAUGCGACCAUCUCAAGCAUCCCUUAGGGGAUGUGGAGGUGGCCAAUAUGACAACGAGGGACGCUGAAAAGGAGGAUGGAGUGUUGGGAACAUCAGUACACCUGUUGAACAUCACGCACUUGUCAGCCUACCGUGGUGAUGCGCACCCAGCCAUCUGGGAUCCCCGAUCCAAUACGCCCAAGGGACAAGACUGCCUUCAUUGGUGCUUACCGGGAGUUCCAGACACGUGGAACGAGCUGGUUUACACACACAUUGUGGAGAGGGAACGAUUGGAGAAGCAGAACCUGAAUGCCAUGUAA